AGGACGGAGAGCACAGAGGACAAAUCCCCCCGGCAGAGCCUGGUGGGAGAGGCCGUUUUGAAGGGCUCCCCGGCGCAGGAAGGCAGCGGGGAGGAAAAGGCCCGGAGAUGCCCCCGGAGGAGGGGCUGCAAAGCCAGCCCAGGGAGCUGUGAGGAGGAAAGAGCCGUCCUGUGCCAGGAGGGCAGCCGGAGCUUGAGCCGGAGCUCCGAGCUGGUGGUCCCUGAGCAGCCUCCCAGCAGGGAGAAGCCCUUCAGGUGCUUGGAAUGUGGGAAGAGCUUCAGGCAGAGCAACCACCUCCUCAGCCACCAGCACAUCCACACUGGGGAACGACCCUACACGUGUGGGGAAUGUGGGAAGAGCUUCAGGAGCAACUCCAACCUUCUCAGGCACCAGCACAUCCACACUGGGGAACGACCCUACACGUGUGGGGAAUGUGGGAAGAGCUUCAGGGACAGUUCCACCCUGAUCCGACACAACCUCAUCCAUACUGGGGAACGGCCCUACACGUGUAGGAAAUGUGGGAAGAGCUUCAGGGACAGCUCCAGCCUCUGCACCCACCAGCUCAUCCACACCGGGGAAUGGCCCUAUAUGUGUGGGGAAUGUGGGAAGACCUUCAGGAACAGCUCCAGCCUCUGCACCCACCAGCUCAUCCACACCGGGGAACGGCCCUAUAAGUGCUUGGAAUGUGGGAAGAGGUUUCAGCGCAGCUCCACUCUCCUCGUGCAUGAGCGGACACACACGGAGGAGAGACCCUUUCGUUGCACCGACUGCGGGAAGGGCUUCAACCUGAAUUCCACUCUUGUCAUCCACCGGCGCAUCCACACCGGGGAGAGGCCCUACAAGUGUGGGGAGUGUGGGAAGAGCUUCACCAACAGCUCCCACUUGACCAAACACCAACGGACCCACCAGUAA